AAGGCAGAACAAACAUUUUUAGCGCUCUCAAAAUCUUUUCUUUAAUCAAGAAACAAAGAACUUAAAAGAUAUACACAAAAAUGGCAAUCUCUUUCCAUGUUCGCUCUAACAGUUUCCCCUCUAGACCUCACCCACAAGCAGCUCAUGUCGAUGAGCAGUUGGCUCGUUUGAGAUCUUCUGAGGAUGCCUCAACAUCAUCUAACUCUUCUAUCUGCCAUAGACUUGAAAACCUUCAAGAGCUACAUGAGUCUCUUGACAAGCUUAUUCGCCUACCUGUAACACAACAAGCUCUAGGUCAAGAGCAGAACAAGAAAGCCGUCGAGCACUUACUUGAUGGAUCUUUAAGGAUCUUGGAUUUGUGCAACAUUUCCAAGGAUGGUUUGUCACAGAUGAAAGAGGGUCUCAUGGAGAUCCAAUCGAUUCUACGAAGAAAGCGCGGCGAUCUAUCUGGAGAGGUCAAGAAAUACUUAGGCUCAAGAAGAUCCCUAAAGAAGUCAUUCCAAAAGGUCCUCAAGAGUUUGAAGGUCAAACAAGACCAAGAGUGCAGCGACGACAAAUCCUUGGCAGUGUUUGGAGAAGCAGAAGCUGUCACAAUUGCUCUGUUUGAUUCUUUGUUUUGCUUCAUGUCUGGAUCAAAGACUUGUAGCAAAUGGUCAGUCGUCUCAAAGCUAAUGACCAAGAAGAUAGUUACAUGUGAAGCUCAAGGAAACGAAUUCACAAGGGUUGAUUCCGAAUUCCAAUCCGAAAAGACUUUGAAGAUGGAAGAUGUUCAGAUCUUAGAGUCAUGCAUUCAAGAUCUUGAAGAUGGACUCGAAUCUCUCUCUAAGUCUUUGAUCAAAUACAGAGUCUCAAUUCUUAACAUCUUAGGCCACUAAUGCCUACAAAAUUUUGUACAAAAGGAAUUAUUAAAAGAAAUAUAUUCAA